GCCUAGGAGCCCGAGUGAAGCGCGAGUUAUGGAGCCCCCCAGCUGCAUCCAGGACGAGCCGUUCCCGCACCCCUUGGAGCCCGAGCCGAGCGCCCCGGCGCAGCCGGGCCCCGGGAAGCCGGGCGACAAGAUGUUCCGGCUGUGGUACGUGGGUGGGUCGUGCCUGGACCGCAGGACCACGCUGCCCAUGUUGCCCUGGCUCAUGGCCGAGAUCCGUCGGCGCAGCCAGAAGCCCGAGGCGGGCGGCUGCGGGGCGCCCGCACCCCGCGAGGUGCUCCUGGUGCUCAGCGCGCCCUUUCUCCGCUGCGUCCCCGCGCCGGGUGCCGGGGCGGCGGGGGGCCCGGGCCCCGCGGCCGCGCAGCCCAGCUCGGCGGUGUUCAUCUUCGAGCACAAGGCGCAGCACAUUUCGCGUUUCAUCCACAACAGCCACGACCUCACCUACUUUGCCUACCUGAUCAAGGCGCAGCCCGAGGACCCCGAGUCGCAGAUGGCCUGCCACGUUUUCCGCGCCACAGACCCCAAUCAGGUUCCCGAUGUUAUCAGCAGCAUAAGGCAGUUGUCUAAAGCUGCCAUGAAAGAGGAUGCCAAGCCCAGCAAAGACAAUGAGGACGCCUUCUACAACUCCCAGAAGUUCGAAGUCCUGUACUGCGGGAAGGUGACCGUGACCCACAAGAAGGCCCCGUCCAGCCUCAUCGACGACUGCAUCGAGAAGUUCAGCCUGCACGAGCAGCAGCGCCUCCGGGGCCAGGGCGAGCACGGCCCUGACGCCGCCAACCACCGGGCCGUCUUCGAGGUGGAGGGGCCCAGCUCCCCCGCAGACAUUCUGUUGGAGGAAGACGAUGACAUCCCCGACACCCACCCUGCCUUACCAGCCGUGGCCAGCCAGCCUGCGCUGGCCAGCUCUCGAGGUUGCUUCCCAGAGCGGAUUUUGGAGGAUUCUGUCUUUGAUGACCCGCAGGAGUUCCGCUCCCGGUGCAGCAGCGUCACCGGCCUGCAAAGGAAAGUCCCAGAGAACAGCCACAAACCACAGCCACGAAGGCGACAUGCCAGCGCGCCCAGCCACGUGCAGCCCUCGGACUCGGAGAAGAACAGAACCAUGCUGUUUCAGGUUGGGCGGUUUGAGAUCAACCUUAUCAGUCCAGACACUAAAUCAGUUGUGCUGGAAAAGAAUUUUAAAGACAUCUCUUCCUGUUCGCAGGGUAUAAAGCAUGUGGACCACUUUGGCUUUAUCUGUCGGGAGUCCCCAGAGCCUGGGCUGAGCCAGUACAUCUGUUACGUGUUCCAGUGUGCCAGUGAAUCUCUGGUGGAUGAGGUAAUGCUGACUCUGAAACAGGCUUUCAGCACAGCGGCCGCCCUCCAGAGUGCCAAGACCCAGAUCAAGCUGUGCGAGGCCUGCCCCAUGCACUCUUUGCAUAAGCUCUGUGAAAGGAUUGAAGGUCUCUACCCGCCAAGAGCCAAGCUGGUGAUUCAGAGGCAUCUCUCAUCCCUGACGGAUAAUGAGCAAGCGGACAUCUUUGAACGAGUCCAGAAAAUGAAGCCAGUCAGCGACCAGGAGGAAAAUGAACUUGUGAUUUUGCACCUGAGGCAGCUGUGUGAAGCCAAGCAGAAGACACACAUUCACAUCGGGGAAGGCCCGUCGACUUUUUCAAAUAGUACAAUCCCGGAAAAUGCGGCAAGCAGUGGAAGGUUCAAACUUGACGUUCUGAAAAAUAAAGCUAAGAGAUCUUUAACUAGCUCCCUGGAGAAUAUCUUUUCAAGGGGAGCUAACAGAAUGAGAGGGCGGCUUGGAAGUAUGGACAGCUUUGAACGGGCAAACAGUCUUGCUUCAGAGAAGGACUACUCACCCGGAGACUCUCCGCCAGGGACGCCCCCAGCCUCCCCACAGGCCUCAGGUUGGCAGACGUUCCCUGAAGAGGAUUCUGACUCCCCACAGUUUCGAAGACGGGCACACACGUUCAGCCACCCGCCUUCAAUCACCAAGAGAAAGCUGAAUUUGCAGGAUGGGAGGGCUCAUGGGAUGCGCUCCCCUCUCCUGAGGCAGAGCUCCAGCGAACAGUGCAGCAUUCUUCCAUCUGCUCGGCGCAUGCACAAGGAGAGUAACUCUUCCUCCAGCCUUCCAAGUCUGCACACUUCCUUCUCUGCCCCUUCCUUCACUGCCCCCUCUUUCCUGAAAGGCUUUUACCAGAAUUCAGGUAGACUGUCCCCACAGUAUGAAAAUGAAAUCAGACAGGACACUGCUUCAGAAUCAAGUGAUGGAGAGGGGAGAAAAAGGACCUCGUCUACUUGCAGCAAUGAUUCCCUGAAUGUUGGAGGAACCCCUGUCACUCCUCGCCGAAUCUCCUGGCGGCAGCGCAUCUUCCUCAGGGUUGCUUCUCCCAUGAACAAGUCUCCCUCAGCAAUGCAGCAGCAGGAUGGACUGGACAGGAAUGAGCUGCUGCCGCUGUCCCCUCUCGCUCCCACCAUGGAGGAGGAACCGGUGGUUAUAUUCAUGUCUGGGGGCGAUGACCCAGAAAAAGCUGAAGAAAGAAAAAAAUCAGAAGAAUUGAGGAGUUUGUGGAGAAAAGCUAUACACCAACAAAUUUUGUUGCUUCGAAUGGAAAAAGAAAACCAGAAACUGGAAGCAAGCAGAGAUGAACUCCAUUCCAGAAAAAUUAAAUUGGACUAUGAAGAAGUUGGUGUAUGCCAGAAGGAGAUCUUAAUAACCUGGGAUAAGAAGUUAUUGAACUGCAGAGGAAAAACAAAAUGUGAUAUGGAAGACAUUCAUACUUCUCUUAAAGAAGGUGUUCCCAAAAGCCGACGAGGAGAAAUCUGGCAGUUCCUAGCGGUGCAGUAUCGUCUGCGGCACCGAUUGCCCAAUAAGCAGCAACCUCCAGACACGUCCUAUAAGGAACUUCUGAAGCAGCUCACCGCCCAGCAGCAUGCGAUUCUCGUGGAUUUAGGAAGGACAUUUCCUACUCACCCUUACUUUUCAGCACAGCUUGGGGCAGGACAACUGUCACUCUUCAACCUCUUGAAAGCCUACUCCUUGCUGGACAAAGAAGUGGGUUACUGUCAGGGGAUCAGCUUUGUGGCUGGAGUCCUGCUUUUGCACAUGAGUGAAGAGCAAGCCUUUGAAAUGCUGAAGUUCCUCAUGUAUGACCUGGGCUUCCGCAAACAGUACAGACCCGACAUGAUGUCGCUGCAGAUUCAAAUGUACCAGCUGUCCAGACUCCUUCAUGACUAUCACAGAGAGCUCUACAAUCACCUGGAAGAAAAUGAAAUCAGCCCCAGUCUUUAUGCUGCCCCCUGGUUCCUCACACUGUUCGCCUCUCAAUUUCCAUUAGGAUUUGUAGCCAGAGUUUUUGAUAUUAUUUUUCUUCAGGGAACUGAAGUUAUAUUUAAGGUUGCACUCAGCCUGCUGAACAGCCAAGAAACACUUAUAAUGGAAUGUGAAAGCUUCGAAAAUAUUGUUGAAUUUCUUAAAAGCACGCUACCUGAUAUGAAUACAUCUGAAAUGGAAAAAAUUAUCACCCAGGUUUUUGAGAUGGACAUUUCUAAACAGUUGCAUGCCUAUGAGGUGGAGUACCAUGUGCUGCAGGAUGAGUUGCAGGAGUCGUCCUAUGCCUGCGAGGACAGUGAGCCCGUGGAGAAGCUGGAGAGGGCCAACAACCAACUGAAAAGGCAAAACAUGGACCUCCUAGAAAAACUGCAGAUAGCUCAUGCUAAAAUCCAGACCUUGGAAUCCAACCUGGAAAAUCUUUUGACCAGAGAGACCAAAAUGAAGUCUUUAGUCCGGACGCUGGAGCAGGAGAAGAUGGCUUAUCAGAAGACAGUGGAGCAGAUCCGGAAGCUGCUGCCUGCCGACGCUCUGGCCGACUGCGAGGCGCUGCUCAGAGAUCUGACCUGCAACCCCAACCAUAAAGCCAAGGCCGGGGGCAAGGCGUAGCCGGGGCUCGGAGGACGCUGCGGACAGUCUGUGAGCUGCGGGCUGUGCUGGGCAAGACACUGAGGGUGGGCCGCGUUCCGGCUGAGCCCCAGCCCCAGCCCCAGCCCCAGCCCCAGCCCCCGCCAGUGGGCCUCACUCUCACCAGAGUUUGCCAACCCUAAGCCAUUGGGCAUAGGCGGACUAAUUUCUGUUGUUGUAGACUAUGUACAUAUAGAAAAUGGACAUCAAGAAUUCACUCUUCGGGACAAAAGGAGGUCCAUGUAUAUUUAGAGCAAUUUUUAAAAUCAAAACUUCAUGAAAUCCACACCAAAGGGAAGUUAGGGUAAAGUUCCCCUUAGACACAUGCGAAAUCAUCUCAUCUUUGUAGUGAAACAAAGCUAGCGAAUCUUUGUCUAUUGAAAUAUACUUGAAAAAAAUGAAUGUAUUUUUUUCUCCAAAGAACAGCAUGUUUCACUCAGUAGUGUGUGUGUGUGUGGGGGGAAACAUUUGUGACUUGAUGUGUGUCUAUACCAGGAAGAUGACUGAUUGUCAGUCACGCUCCUGUGGUUUUUCCCAGGAAAAUUUUCGGGGACCUUUCUCCCCAGCCUGCUUUGUGCCAACUGGCAUGUUAGUCUACAUGCAUUUUGAGGCUGCUCGGGCAGCACCUUUGAUGUGCCUGAAAAGGCAAGGCUGAGUCUACCCGCCUGGAAGAGAAUUGUUGCUAAUUUUCUAGCAAAUUAGACCAGCAUUGUAACUCAAACUAAAAAUAUCAGGCCUCUGAGUUUUAACUUAGGACCUGAACAGUUUUCCCCCCUUUUUAUUUAAAUCACUCCCACAUUUGUCUCCUCUUUACUUGGUGCCACAGAGGUGACAGGAUUUGCCAUUUUCCCACCAAAAUAUGGGAGCUGUUACUUCUCUCUACCUUAAAUGAAGGACAAGGAAAUGCAAUCAAGGCUGGUUUGCUAAAGAUGACAGGCUAUGUUCAGACACUUUAUUUGGACAAUUGAUAGAAUGUAAUCAGCUCACAGUCAUCUCCCCCUUCCAUGUGAACAUGUGUGGGAACCGUGAAACGUAUAAAACAAGCUGAUGAAGUGUGUUGGAAGGAAAGGGGAAAGCGCAGAAAGCCCAUCUGAGACCCAUACCCCUGCGUUGGGGCACCCAGCUUUCACGGCCACGGACGGUGUAUUGGAAGACCUUCUGGUAUGGUAGGUGCUUGGAAGGGAAGCGACGUUUAAAGCACACAGGCAGUUCUCCGUUUCAGAGAAGAUUCUGUGACGGUGCCUCUGGAAGUAGGUGCCUUUUUGCCUUUCCAAACAGCAUUGAUCAUUACUGCUUUCUGCAGGACUAAUAUUAUCACGGAUGGUCUGGGAUAAUUCUCUUCGAAGGGAGUUUGGUAUAUACACAAGCUACACUGUAUCAUAGAGUAGAAGAGUCAAGCUCUAAAGGUUUUGGACAACCUUGAUGAGCAGAUGAAAAGCCCCCUCACACUGUUCCCCAGUAUAAUUGUACUGACUCCUGUUACCAAUCAGCAUAGCAUGCUCUCUAAUCCAGGCAGUUCCUUACAAGAAAAUGAAAUCUUAUUAGUCAAGGUAAUGUAAUUUCUAGGGUCUAGGAAAUGCUGAUUCUAUAUACCCCAUUCAAUUGGGGCCACCAACUGAUUUGCUGCUCAAUUUUCCCCAAAAUGUCUCUACUUGUAGGAGGUAUUUUUUUUUUCCUAUGAGGAAUAUGAAAAAUAUCCUUCUGUUACUCGCUGGUGAUGAAAAUUGCCUGAUGUGUGUGAGAGCCAAGGAAUCUUCAAGUUGGGAAGAGAAACUUUUGUUCAGUUCAAAGGAAAUUUUAUUCUGGAUGUUCAGAGGCAGCGACAUGAGUUGUAUUAUGGUGGUCAGAGACUAAGGUGUCUUGGAUACACUAUUUCUUUUGAAAAUGGAUUUCCUUUUCUUUUGUGAUUUUGUAAACGUUGCACCAAUUACGCUUCGUGCAUUGUUACAUCUUCAUCACGUCUGCAUCGGGUGUAUGUGAUGUCUAGUUCAUUUCCAAUAAAUACAUCGCUUCCGUU